AGCCGCCGCAGCGGGGACGGGGAGCCCUCGGGGUCUCCACCGCCGCCGCCUGCUGUCUCCUACCCGGACUGGAUCGGCCAGAGUUACUCCGAGGUGAUGAGCCUCAAUGAGCACUCGAUGCAGGCGCUGUCCUGGCGCAAGCUCUACUUGAGUCGCGCCAAGCUCAAAGCCUCCAGCCGGACCUCAGCUCUGCUCUCCGGCUUCGCCAUGGUGGCGAUGGUGGAGGUGCAGCUGGACGCUGAACAUGACUACCCGCCGGGGCUGCUCAUCGCCUUCAGCGCCUGCACCACGGUGCUGGUGGCCGUGCACCUGUUUGCACUCAUGAUCAGCACCUGCAUCCUGCCCAACAUCGAGGCAGUGAGCAACGUGCACAACCUCAACUCCGUCAAGGAGUCGCCCCACGAGCGCAUGCAUCGCCACAUCGAGCUGGCCUGGGCCUUCUCCACCGUCAUCGGCACGCUGCUCUUCCUGGCCGAGGUCGUGCUGCUCUGCUGGGUCAAGUUCUUGCCCCUCAAGAGGCAGCCAGGCCAGCCGCGGCCCACCAGCAAGUCCCCAGCUAGCGGAGCUGUUGCCAACGUCAGUGUUCCCACCGGCGACAUCACCCCAGGCCAGGCGGCUGCUAUCGCCUCCACCACCAUCAUGGUGCCCUUCGGCCUGGUCUUCAUCGUCUUCGCUGUCCACUUCUACCGCUCCCUGGUCAGCCAUAAGACGGACCGACAGUUCCAGGAGCUCAACGAGCUGGCCGAGUUCGCCCGCCUGCAGGACCAGCUGGACCACAGAGGGGACCACCCCCUGACGCCUGGCAGCCACUAUGCCUAAGCCCCCGCGCUCAGGGCCUUUCAGAGCUGUGGCCUUACCUUCCCUAUGACCUCGUGCUGCCCCAGCCUCUAGAACAGCUUGGCAGGGGAGCUGGGCUUCAUGGGGAACACGGAGAGUGGAGGGAAAAAGCUUUUUAAAAAAAGAAAUUCCUGCACUUUGAAACUGUCCUCUAAGAGAAUAAGCAUUUCCUGUUCUUCCAGCUCCUGGUCCACCUCCCUCGGAGGUGGUGGGAGCCAGACUAGGGACAGACGCGCCCUUUGUCCCUCCUCUUCCCCGAGCCAGUGCCGCCUGGGUGCUUCCUGUCCUUUCCAUCUCGGCCUCCACCUCGUUCCGUGUCGAGUGCGUGUGCGUGCGUGUGGACACCUAAAUACACUCAGAAGGGACACCGCC